UUUGUUAUUUCAACGACGUUCUUUUUUGUUCUUCGCCGGGGCAAGAAACCAAUCGAUCUGUCGCUUUCCAACGAACCAGAAUUCGCACCUUCCUCCUUCAAUCUACAGACUAUAUCUAGGGUUCCAAUUCCGAUUCCUACCAGAUUCCCCCAUCCCUUCCAUUCUCCAGAUCACGAUCUCUCGGAUAAGGAUUUCCGAGUGCCGAGGUAGGUCGCGGAGAGUAAAAGUUCGAUUUUUUCACCCGGAAGCCCCAUGUCCGUGCCGGCGAUCGCUCUCUACCCGAUCCCGCCGGCUGGAUCAGCUAUCUAUGGAUUCCAGGACCUCGACAUAAACUCCCGCGCCGCUGCCGCUGCCCAUGCUUCUUCCUCCGCUCCGAAGCCCAUAGUCGGCGGCCUGUCCCGCAUCUUCUCCUCCACGGCCGCCGCGCGCCACGCUGGCGCCGAUGAUUUUAGAUACGACAGAUCGGACGAGCUCGGAAGCUCGUACUCUUCAUCUCUCUUCAAGUGCCGGGAGCACAGCCCCAUGUCGGUGUUCCAUGGCCCGUGCAGCGGGAGCGGUAGUGGAUCUUCCAGAAGCCCGCCUCGGGCAGGGAAUCCGCGAGAGUGGACCGGGGGAGAUUGGAGAACGGGAAAAGAUGGGUUCUUUAAGCGUUUCGUUCGGGACGCCGCCAAUCCUAGCCUGGAUUUUGGUUCCCCCAGCUUCUAUAGCAGCGAUUUCUGCGAGGAAGAGUUGCCCUUUGGUUUCGAUGACAGUCCGAUGGAUACGAUGCCUGCUGCAGCGCCGUCUGCCAAUGAUUUUCUUGCAGAAGCUCAGUCAAGGCACGAGAUUUUCCGCGAGGAGAUCGUUGUCAAGGCUUUCCACGAAGCAGAGAAAGCUCACAGGGGGCAGAUGAGGGCAAGCGGAGAUCCUUACCUACAACACUGUGUUGAAACAGCUUUGUUGUUGGCGAAGAUUGGGGCUAAUGCUACAGUAGUUACUGCAGGUCUUUUACAUGAUACGCUAGAUGAUUCUAUGAUGGUCUAUGACCAUAUUUUAAAGUUGUUUGGAGCUGAGGUAGCUGAUUUAGUGGAAGGGGUUUCUAAGCUAAGCCACUUGAGUCAGCUUGCUCGGGAUAAUAACACUGCUAGUAGAAAUGUCGAGGCAGACCGCUUGCACACAAUGUUUCUUGCAAUGGCAGAUGCACGAGCAGUGUUAAUAAAGCUAGCAGACAGGAUUCAUAACAUGAUGACGCUUGAAGCUUUGCCAAUGUGCAAACAACAGAGAUUUGCCAAGGAGACUCUUCUAAUCUUUGCUCCCCUGGCAAGCAGAUUGGGAAUCUCAACUUGGAAAGAGCUAUUGGAGAAUUUAUGCUUUAGACAUUUGCAUCCAGUGCAGCACAAAGACUUGUCCGAGAAGCUUCUGAAUUCCUUUGAUGAAGAACUCGUUGCCUCUGCAGUACUGAAACUAGGAAAAGCUCUGAGAAAUGAAGGCAUUGCUUACCAUGCUCUCUUGGGGAGGCACAAAAGCUUGUAUAGUAUUUAUUCGAAGAUGAUCAAGAAAAAACUGAGCAUGAAUCAAAUCCAUGACAUACAUGGUUUGCGGUUAAUAGUUGAGAAUGAGGAUGAUUGUUACAAAGCGCUUGAGAUUGUUCAUCAAUUGUGGCCCAAAGUCAUGGGAAGAUUCAAGGAUUAUAUAGUUCAUCCAAAAUUUAAUGGAUAUCGAUCUCUGCACACGGUUGUCCUAAGCGAAGAGAUGCUUCCUUUUGAAGUUCAGAUUCGAACAAAAGAGAUGCAUUUGCAGGCUGAAUAUGGGUUUGCGGCACAUUGGAGGUACAAAGAAGGAAACAACAGGCACUCAUCUUAUGUGCUUCAAAUGGUGGAAUGGGCAAGAUGGGUCUUGAGUUGGCAAUGCGCAACGAUGAAAGUAGAAGGACCAUACGAAGAAACAAACCUGAUCAAACCGCCGUGCCCAUUCCCCUCUCACUCCGAACACUGCCCCUAUUCGUCCUACACUCGUCAGUGUGCCCAUGAUGGCCCUAUCUAUGUCAUAAUGCUGGAGAAUGAGAAAAUGUCUGUGCUAGAGUUUCCAGCAGAGUCCACUCUGCUCGACCUGAUGGUGAGAAUUGGAGAUGGUGGCUCAAGAGGAUCCCCUUGCAGCUUCCCUAUGAAGUUCGAUCUGAGGCCACGAGUGAACCAUGAGCCGAUGAGUUACCUGACUCAGAAGCUCAAAAUGGGGGACGUGGUGGAGCUCAGACCAACUCUUCCCAACAAGUCUUUGUCAAAGUACAGGGAAGAGAUCCAACGCAUGUAUGAACAAGAACCCACUCACUCUAGUAGACGUGGAUAGGUUUUAUCUAACAUUGAUUUAAUCUCCGAUUUUCAUUGUCAAUCUUUUCAAUUUGUUGAUAUAAGAAUUAAGGAUUUUUUUUUUCUUGUAAAAAAAUGUGUUACGUGCAGUAAUUGAAUGCAAGAUUUAUAUUGGCUUAGAUGAA